UUUUUUUUUUUAUAAAACAAUAGAAUGAAUAAUGAACACACAGAAUUUAUGGACAUUGAUGGUCCUGAAUUCAUUUAUGAUGUCAAUAAAGAAAUCAAAAAUAUGCGUGAACGUGUACAUGACAGUUUUCAUAAUGUUGACAUUUUUAAUUCCAAAGAAACAACUAAACAGGAAAUAGAACUUGAUUGUUAUGCUGAAAUCGCAGUAUUAGACACAAAUUUUCUCAUUUCAAAAUUAGGAUACCUUGAUGCAGUACUUGAUUUAGCCAAUAAGCAUCCAUAUAGUUUACUAGUCAUUUUGCCUUGGAUUGUCAUUAAAGAACUUGACGGACUAAAAAAUGGACGUAAAGACGUAGCAUUAAGUUCAAGAAAUGCUAUGCGAUUUAUUGAACUACGUUUAAGAGAUAAACAAAUAUCAUUAAAGGGACAAAAAAAGAAUGAAAUAUUAGAUACAACUUUACUCAAGAAUAGUCGAGCUAAGGGAGAUGAUUUAAUACUUGAUUGUUGCAUGUAUUUUCAACGUUUGACACAAGAUAAAGCUAGAAUGUUUCCCGGUAAUGGCUCUUGUAGAAUUACAUUACUUUCAAAUGAUAGAAAUCUUUGCAUAAAGGCUAUGGUGCAUGACGUUAACACAAUCUCUGCUGAUUCAACCUUAGAAAUGGAGGACUUAUUGAACCGAAUAGUUUUAAAAAAAUCUUUAAAUACAACAAGUUCAAAUAGUCUACAGCAAAAUGAAGAUCAUGUAAUGCAGAAGCUUCUAAAUUUUGUGUUAUAUAUAUAUAUAUCCUCUAAACCAUUGUUGUCAUAGGGAAUGGAGAUUGAUGAUGUGUAUGAUGAACCACAUUUGGUAGAAGAUUAUGAAAUGAUAUUAGAUAACAAUAUAUCACCACUAUUACAUACAGGAGACUCAAGUUAUAGUAAAUGGGCAAAAAUGACAGUGACAACGACACCGCCCACUUUACCAACAAGACAACAAUCUAGGCCUUAUCUUGAUCAUGAUCCUACAUUAACAGCACCAAAAAGGCCUUAUCGACCGCAACACACAUCUAUCUUUAAAUAAUACUCAUGGCU